GUCGUCGUCGCAUCAAACACUUGCAUCGAGCGAUAUAGUAUUGUUUUAGUCUACUACCGCGCGCACGUCCCUCUUGACUGCCUGAAUGGCUAUAUAUGCACCAGCUGCUACCCAGCCCUCUCAGAUCGACUAGCUUGUGCCCGGCCAUGGGCAUGGGGUACUACGCGCCGAGCAACCGGCAGCUGGUGGAGUCCCUCUACGGCUCGCUGUCCCGCGGCGUCACGGCGGCGCUGCUGGCCGAGGACGUGGACUGGUGGUUCCACGGCCCGCGCCGCUGCCAGCACAUGCGCCGCCUGUUGACAGGGGAAGCCGGGCCGUCGGCGUUCCGGUUCGCGCCGGCGCGGGUCACGGAGGUAGGCAGCGGCGAGGGCGAGGGCGGGUGGGUGGUGGCGGAGGGGUGGGAGGGGGAGCACGCGUACUGGGUGCUGCAGGGCGGGGUCAUCACCCGCUUCCGCGAGUACUUCAACACCUCUGUCACCGUCAGGGAGCUGGGCCGGCUCGCCAACUCCACGGGCAUGGGCUGGGCCGUGUGGCAGAGCCAGGCCAUGCCGCUCCAUGCCUGGCCUCGUGCUCGCCAUUUGAGCACAGCCUCCAUCCAUUAUUCCAUUGCCUCAAGGGAAUAGAUGUCGAUCGGAAUAUAAUGCUCAGCAGAAAUCAGCACGAUAUAUCAUCAAAUGACUAGUGCUUAAAUUCAUCAUUUGUCUCGUUUCCAGAAUGUUCAUAUUCACCGCAUGUUGUUAUCAAUCACAA